UAUUUAUAUCAGUAUCAGUCAGUCUCCGUAUGUAAGCGAAUGCGUGAGGUCGUGUUGAACUUUCCUAACCAUGAGCGGGCAACAUUUGGACUCGAACUGUGUGACUCUCACGAGAUUUGUACUCGCCGAACAAAGUAAAGUACCGUACGCUACUGGUGAACUCACUCAACUCCUAAAUGCGAUCCAGACGGCAGUGAAAGUUAUCAGCAGUGCCGUGCGUCGGGCAGGGAUCACCCAACUAUUUGGAAUGGCUGGUGAAACCAACGUCCAAGGGGAGGAGGUAAAAAAACUGGACGUUCUAGCCAACGAUCUCUUCAUUAAUAUGCUGAAGUCUUCGUACACCGCGGCUCUGUUGAUUUCAGAAGAAAACGAAACUGUAAUAGAAGUUGAGACAGAGAGAAGAGGAAAAUACAUAGUAGCGUUCGACCCGCUAGAUGGCUCCUCCAAUAUAGACUGCCUAGUUUCAAUAGGCUCGAUAUUCGCGAUAAUGAAAAAGGAAGAUAACAGUAUCCCUUCGUUGAAAGAUGCUCUCCAACCAGGUACCAAAGUGGUCGCUGCAGGUUACGCCCUGUAUGGUAGCGCCACCAUGAUGGUGCUUUCGCUGGGCAACAGUGUUAACGGGUUCAUGUUGGAUCCCAGCAUAGGCGAAUUUAUCCUAACCGAUAAGAAUAUGAGAAUACCUUCUAAAGGGAAGAUAUAUGCAAUCAACGAAGGUUACACUCACCAAUGGGACGAGGCGGUCAAAGAAUAUGUCAAUAAUAAGAAGGACCCGGCCAAAGGAAAAACCUACAACGCUAGAUAUGUAGGUUCUAUGGUUGCUGACGUGCAUAGGACUAUUAAAUAUGGGGGAAUAUUUAUUUAUCCAGCAACCACGUCAUCUCCUAAAGGAAAGCUACGUUUAUUAUAUGAGUGUAUUCCAAUGGCUCAUAUUGUUACAAACGCUGGGGGCCUUGCGUCUAACGGGAAAAUUCCAAUAUUGGACGUUCAGCCUCAAGGAUUACAUGACAGAUCUCCCAUUUUCCUCGGAUCCAAAGAAGACGUUGAAGACAUACUCGAAAUUAUAAAAAAGCACGAGAAAAAAUAGACUGGA